CAAGACCAGGGGGAAAAGAAAGAUUAAGAGAGGAGAAGCAGUCUUCACACACAGGGCAGCUGCAGUCGGAGGACGACCCCAUCCAGAGGUGUCCUGUGGUCCCUGGUGAAGAUGCCCAGUGAAGAGGCCCAGCUCGCCUAUGGGGACCCCAGGAGAGGGCACGGCCACUCCUACAUCACAGCUAAAGAGAUCGCAGGGAUUGGUGUCCUGACGGUGAUCCUGGGACUUGUGCUGUUCCUUGGCUGCUGGUAUUGUAGAAGACGAAACGGAUACGGGAGCCUGAAGGGCAAAAGCCGUUACGUUGGUACUCAAGGUACCUUUACAGGAAGAUGCCUACGUGAGGGACUUGGUCACCAGGACAGCAAGCUGCCUUUUCUAGAGAACAAUUAUGAACCUGUGGUUCCCAAUGCCCCACCUGCCUACGAGAAACUCUCCGCUCAGCAGUCCCCACCACCUUACUCUCCGUGAGAGCCAGCAAGGCCCCUGAGAGAUGCUGAAAUGAUUCGCCUCACACUUUGGAUUACAUUGAAUGUGGACAUUUAACGUCCUGCUUCGGGAUGCGGUAGAAACAGUGUACAUCAUCACUAACAAUAAGCUUAGUGCUAAAUUCUUAGUAGGGAAACUAGCAAUACUAAUGGAGGAAAUGAUGAAAAAUAUUAAAAUGGAAAAAUGUUGUCAAUAAACAUUUUGAGGCAUGAUACUAUCUGUGCCAGUAGUAA